AGCCGGUUUGACAAGCAAACAAACACACUUAACCUCACUUUUCUGUGCAAAAGUGCAAAGAAUUUGUAAAAAUCCCUGAUAAUUCCGUAGAUGUCUUCUUUCCUCCUCAGGAAACUUCCCAACGGAGUAACGCAGAAGCUAACUCAAUCCUACUUUACAGUGCAAACUUGGCUAAACGUUGGUUUUCGCGGUACUCAUAGCAUUCCUGACCACAUUAAGCUCACUACGAUGGACGUAAAGAUCCUCCCGGCACUUCAAGAUAACUACAUGUACCUCAUUGUGGACAAGGCAACAAAGGAUGCUGCCAUUGUGGAUCCCGUAGAUCCCCCAUCGGUGCUUCAAGCUGUCGAGGAGGAGAAGGUGAACUUGGUGAAAGUCUUGACAACACACCAUCACUGGGAUCAUGCUGGAGGCAAUGAGAAGCUCGUCAAGGACUUCCAGAAAGGUCCUCUUGAGGUGUUCGGUGGGGAUGAUCGCAUUGGGGCGCUUACGAAGAAGGUAGGCGAUGGGGAUACCUUCAAGAUUGGUAAUCUCAGUGUUCGCUGCCUCUUCACGCCGUGCCACACAACUGGUCACAUCUGCUACUACGUCCAAUCCAACGACGAGGGGGCUGUUUUCACGGGAGACACCCUCUUCAGUGCCGGCUGUGGGCGCUUCUUCGAGGGUACUCCGGAACAAAUGUACGCCGCUCUUGUGGACAAACUCUCCGCUCUGCCGGAUGAGACGAAGGUCUUCUGUGGGCACGAGUACACAGCCUCCAAUCUCAAGUACGCCAAGCACGUUGAACCCGCCAAUCCGGCCGUUGAGGAGAGGAUUCAGUGGACAAAGGAGCGUCGGGAUGCUAAACUUCCAACAGUCCCCUCCACGAUUGGAGCCGAAAAGUCCUUCAAUCCCUUCAUGAGGGUCAACGAUAAGAGUGUCCAGGAACACGCCAAUGCCUCCGAUGGAGUCACCACAAUGGGCUUCCUAAGGCGCGAGAAGGAUUCAUUCAAAGCCUAAUCUUUGAAUUUUGUACUGAAAUUUAAAGAUUUCAAGAGAAUUUCAAGGGUUUCUUGGUCGCUGAAUAAGGCUCAUUGUUUUAUUCUUUUUUUUUCUUUAUUCCUUGUGGUGCAGGACACAAAUGAAUAUUUUUUAUUAUAUUACAAUUUCUAAAUUGGGCUAAAAGCGCCAAAAAUGUGAAAUAAAAAUAAAAAAUUGA